GAGGCAGGCUUGCUAUAAAUAUAGCCCCGCACUCUGACUGACAGACAAGUGACAGUAGGGACCAGGACAUCUAACUGUGCAUACAGACCAGAGCGUGCAGGUAUAGCAUGUGUACUUGGCUACUGUGAGUAUACUCUAGCACUGCCUGUACACUGAGAACAUUUGAACACUGUAUCAAAGGCUUUCCAAGCGAGCAGCAGAAGAUGACGCGUAAGAUUUUCACAAACACUAGAGAACGAUGGAGGCAGCAAAACGUAAACAGUGCUUUUGCUGAGCUAAGAAAACUUAUACCCACCCACCCACCAGACAAGAAACUAAGCAAGAAUGAAACACUCAGACUGGCCAUGAGAUACAUUAAUUUUCUCAUAGACAUCUUGGGUGAUCAAGGAAUAACAAAGGUUGGAAUGAAUUCGCCCGGAAACAUCUUGGGCCUCUUGGAACCAGAACCUGAGAUGACAAACAUGAGGGAAUGGACAAUAGAUAACUGCAGCGACUCAUCUCCUGGAACAAGCAGCGAUACUCAAGACUGCUGGUCAAUAAUUCCUUCACCAUAACCUUGUUGGAAAUUGUUGGAAAGUCACUUUAACUUACCUAUACUGUAUAUGUUUUUUCCCAGUUGUAGGUUGAAUUGUAUAAGAAUUUGUCAUGUUUUUAUGUCUCGAUUAUUUUUGUUUUUAUUUAAAGGAAAGCUGGUGGUGUGUCAUACACACUGAUCAUCCUGCAGCACAUUCUCUUUAAGUUUUUAA